AUGGCUGAGACGUUCGAGUUCCAGGCUGAGAUCUCUCAGCUUCUCUCGCUGAUCAUCAACACCGUCUACUCCAACAAGGAGAUCUUCCUCCGUGAGAUCGUCUCAAACGCCUCCGAUGCCCUCGACAAGAUUCGCUACGAGUCCUUGUCCGAUCCCAGCAAGCUGGACUCGAACAAGGACCUCCGCAUCGACAUCAUCCCGGACAAGGUGAACAAGACGCUGACCAUCCGGGAUACCGGUAUCGGCAUGACCAAGGCUGACCUCGUCAACAACCUCGGUACCAUCGCCCGUUCUGGCACGAAACAGUUCAUGGAAGCGCUCACCGCCGGUGCCGACAUCUCCAUGAUUGGCCAGUUUGGUGUCGGUUUCUACUCGGCCUAUUUGGUUGCCGACCGAGUCACCGUCGUCUCCAAGAACAACGACGAUGAGCAGUACAUCUGGGAGUCGAGCGCCGGUGGCACCUUCAACAUUACCCCUGACACCGAGGGCGAGCAGCUUGGCCGUGGUACCAAGAUCAUCCUCCACCUCAAGGAUGAGCAGCAGGACUACCUGAACGAGAGCCGUGUUAAGGAGGUCAUCAAGAAGCACUCUGAGUUCAUCUCCUACCCCAUCUUCCUCCACGUCCAGAAGGAGACCGAGAAGGAGGUACCCGAUGAGGAGGCUGAGGAAGUUGAGGAAGGCGAGGACAAGAAGCCCAAGAUCGAGGAGGUCGAUGACGAGGAGGAGGAGAAGGAGAAGAAGCCCAAGACCAAAAAGGUCAAGGAGACUUCUAUCGAGGAGGAGGAGCUCAACAAGCAGAAGCCCAUUUGGACUCGCAAUCCCCAGGACAUCACCCAGGAAGAGUACGCCGCUUUCUACAAGUCGCUCUCCAACGAUUGGGAGGACCACCUCGGUGUCAAGCACUUCUCGGUUGAGGGUCAGCUCGAGUUCCGCGCCAUUCUCUUCGUGCCCAAGCGCGCCCCCUUCGACCUCUUCGAGACCAAGAAGACCAAGAACAACAUCAAGCUCUACGUCCGCCGUGUGUUCAUCACUGAUGAUGCUACCGAUUUGGUACCUGAGUGGCUCAGCUUCGUGAAGGGUGUUGUCGACUCCGAGGACCUGCCCCUCAACCUCUCUCGCGAGACUCUCCAGCAGAACAAGAUCAUGAAGGUGAUCAAGAAGAACAUCGUCAAGAAAUCUCUGGAGCUCUUCAACGAGAUCGCCGAGGACAAGGAGCAGUUUGACAAGUUUUACAGCGCUUUCUCCAAGAACCUCAAGCUUGGUAUCCACGAGGACUCGCAGAACCGCGGGAUUCUGGCCAAGCUGCUGCGUUUCAACUCAACCAAGUCAGGCGAUGAGCAGACCUCGCUCUCGGACUACGUCGCCCGGAUGCCUGAACACCAGAAGAACAUGUACUAUAUCACUGGUGAAUCGCUCAAGGCUGUCACCAAGUCCCCCUUCCUUGAUUCACUCAAGGAGAAGGGUUUCGAGGUGCUCUUCCUGGUCGACCCCAUUGACGAGUAUGCCAUGACUCAACUGAAGGAGUUUGAGGGCAAGAAGCUUGUCGACAUCACCAAGGAUUUCGAGCUAGAGGAAACUGAGGAGGAGAAGACUCAGCGUGAGGCUGAGGAGAAGGAGUAUGAGGGCCUCGCCAAGUCGCUCAAGAAUGUCCUCGGCGACAAGGUCGAAAAGGUUGUUGUGUCCCACAAGCUGGUUGGUGCUCCCUGCGCCAUCCGCACCGGCCAGUUCGGUUGGUCCGCCAACAUGGAGCGUAUCAUGAAGGCUCAGGCCCUCCGCGACACCUCCAUGAGCAGCUACAUGUCUUCUAAGAAGACCUUUGAGAUCUCUCCCAAGAGCCCUAUCGUGCAGGAGCUCAAGAAGAAGGUUGAAGCCGACGGUGAGAACGACAAGACUGUUAAGUCGAUCGUCCAGCUGCUCUUCGAGACCUCCCUGCUGGUUUCUGGCUUCACCAUCGAGGAGCCCGCCGGUUUCGCUGAGCGCAUCCACAAGCUUGUGUCGCUCGGCCUCAACCUCGACGAGGAGCCUGAGGCUGCCGAGGACGCGCCGGCUGCCGAUGCCAGCGUCCCGGCCGCUGAGACCGGUGACAGCGCCAUGGAGGAGGUUGAUUAG